AUGAAGGCCCUCGAGUCGUCCUCGCAGGACGUGCGGCAGCGCUCCAUCAUGCAGUUCGAGAAGCGGCUCGUGAACAUCGAGAGCAGCGUCUCGAGGCUCUCGAAGGUCGUGGGGUCCUCCCGCGAGGAGGUGCUGUGGCUCACGAGCAUGGCCUGCGACAAGCAGGACCAGGAGAUUUCGACGAGCAGGGAUGAUUCUCGCUCCUCACUCCUCCUCGUCCUCCUCUUCCUCCUCCACCUCCUCCUCCUUCUCCUCCUCCUCCUUUCGACUGGGCCAGUUUGA